AUGGAGACGGAUCGUGAUCGUCUUGAUCAGAUUAUUGCUGGAAUAAUUAUUUUAGCAAUUGCAUUAGUCGGAGGAGCAGUGAACAUCUCAGCGCUUAUGGUUAUCUAUCGUUCACCAAUGUUCCACAACUCCUUCGGAAUCUUAUGUGCUUCACAUAUAAUUUCCGAUAUUGGCUUCCUUCUUCCACAUAUUUUUUGGGCUGCACCAUCGGAAAUAUUUGCAUGGCCUCCUUCUCUGACCAUAUCAGUUUAUGGUGAUCUUAUUGGACAACUUUUAGUCUUUUUCUGUAGUGUUUCCACUUAUAGUCAACUGGAAAUCGCACUUAAUCGCUUCGUUGCCGUCGUAGCACCAAUGUCAUACAGCACUCUGUUUUCUACUAGACGUACAGUUUCUUUUCUCGCUCUAUUUUGGGUUAUUGGUCUAUUCCGCUGCACCGUCUACUUCAUAGGUGGUUGUGAAAUAACUCACGAUUCAUUCUCUUUCACAUGGAAAGCUGGAGGCUCUGAUUGUAUCGAGUUUAUUGAGCUAUAUCUGGAAUUUAUUAUAGCAACAAUUAUCUGCAUUACUGUAAUCAUUCUGAAUACGAUUACAUUCAUUGUUUUAUACAAACACACCAGGAAAUUAUCAUCUGUAAGUGACGUAUUUCAAAAAAUGGAGACGAAUAUGCAUAGGAGAAACCUCAACUUUUUUCUUCAGAGUUGUACCCAAGCUGUUCUCUUUGUUAUCGCUCUUUCCAUCUAUUUCUUCUUCUCCAAGUUAACAACGACAAAAUGGCAGUUUUUUGCGACAAGAACACUAACAUGGGAAAUGGCUCAUUGUAUGAAUGGGCUAAUAAUCUUCAUUUUCAACGACAACUUCCGUUGCAAUUCGGGUUACCCCGCUUUACUUUGUGGUCGAAAAGCAAUUGAUCAACUACCUACUUUCGGAACUAAAUCCUCGACCUGA